UCUGUGAGAGUGAGACUGUGAGACUGUGAGUUAUACAGUUAUUGCUGUUUUUUGAUUGGUUUUGAUAAGCGACGUCUUAAUCUCGAUGGGAAAUAAUUCGGAUUGAUUAUAUGUGAUCAUUUUGGUUAGAAUAAUCGCCAGGCAGCGUUAGUGACGGUUAGUCCUACAUCUCGCACAUCCAACGCUCCGUGGACCGCGCGAUGAUCCGCCGCGUACUGGCCGGUUCCCUGUACUGGCGCCGCGCCUGCGGGCGUGCCGCGGGCGCUGAACGUCGCGGUACGCUGCGCCGUCCCCUCCGCAUCAUCCCCGCCGACUGCCAGACCGUCGCGGAGGCCGGCCUCCCCCUCUACGACCACAUCGUCAACCAACCGCUGCGCGCCUUCGCCGAGCCAGUCCCCAUCCGCUGGCGCGAUCUCGGACGCCAGGUGGCGGCGUCGGCCAGCGCGGAGCCGUCGCGUCACUCCAUCAUCAGCCUGCCGAAUCCCUGCAUCGUCCCGGGCGGCCGUUUCCGCGCAGUGUACUGGGACUCCUUCUGGACGCUGCAGGGCCUCCUCGUCUCGGGCAUGACGGACACCGCCAAGGGCGUGCUCCUCAACUUCGCCUACCUCAUCGACCAGUACGGGUUUAUCCCGAACGGGAACCGCGUGUACUACAUCCGGCAGUCGGAGCCGCCGGUGCUGGCGCUGAUGAUCGACCACUACAUCAAGCACCCCAAUGUCCCGCCCACCGACGCCGACUUCGUGUUGCGCAAGAUGCUGCCGUAUCUGGAGAAGGAGUACAAAUUCUGGAUGAAGGAGCGAUCCACCACCUUUCAUUUUCGCGGACAGGCGCUGACGCUCAACCGCUACACGGGCGGCGGCCUCAGCACGCCGCGCCCCGAGUCCUACUUCGAGGACUACCACCACGCGCAGGAAAUCCUCAACAAAUCCAUCCAGACGGGUCCGGCGAGUUUCUACGGGAACGUGGCGGCGGGCGCGGAGAGCGGGCUGGAUUUCUCGACGCGCUGGCUGGACAGUGCCAGCGCGGACUUUUUGACGAUCCGCACGCGCAGCAUCGUCCCGGUGGAUCUCAACGCGCUGCUCUGCGCCACCGAGAACGUCCUCAGCGAUCUCUACCAACUCACCGGCGAUCCGGUGCGCGCGGAUUCGUACCGGCAGCUGGCGCUGGACCGCGGCGACGCCAUCCAAUCCGUCUUCUGGAACAGCAGGGCGAAGAUGUGGCGGGAUUAUGAUCUGCGCCGGCAGGAUCAGCGUCCCACCUUCUACUUAUCCCUGCUGACGCCGGCGGCGGAGCGCUGCAGCGGCCGCGGCGUCGACAUCACCAGCAGCGAAUUCAUGGCCGACCUCCUCACCUCGCGCGAUUUGAUCGGCGUUCCCUGUGGGAUUCCCAACGGACAGGCCCCCGUCCGUCGCGAGGGGACGAAGCCAGACACCGGCGGAGGAGCGCGGCCGGGCGGCUUCCUCGUCGCGUCCGUCGGCAGCCGGUUCCCGGGCGCUGUCCGUCGUCUUCCCCUCUUGAAUCCGCAUUUCACGACUGUCCGGCACAGCUCGGGUGCAUUUAUCCCGGAAGCGCCCAUUUUCCCAGCUGACGCGCUCGAUAUAAUCGAGAGAAUCGGGGUGAUCUUCAGCGCACGGCGCCAGUCAUUACCAGAGGAAGACGGUGCGCGUGCGGACGCCAGCGCCAAAUCCGGCUCAUUCCCGGUGGAGGAAGUGGUCGCGACGCUGCAGCGCGACGGAUACGCGGCCGUCCGCGUCCAACUGGCGCAGCUGUUCAGUGUGGCCGGUGAGCUGGCCCCCCGACAGCGCCUGCUGCUGGCCUCGGCCUGCCAGCUCAUCCUGCUGCAGCGCCGCUCCCGGCUGAGGGUGUUGUCGGCGACGCUGGCCGCCCCGGGGGAGCUGUCCGAUACGGCGCUGCAUGCGCUGCGCAAGUGCCGCGACACGGAGCGGGAAGUGGUAGUCGAUGUCGCCUGUGGACUAAGCAGGGCUCUUCAGUAUGCUGUUGCCGAAGAUUUGCGGGUGGAGCUCAACAGCGUAGUGGAGCCCUUAGUCGGCCAGCUGUGGACCGGUGGCAAUCGCGAAUUUACGAUGGCCCGCUUCCUGACCGUGUUGAACACUUUACUGACCUCCGUCGGUCGCUUAAUCAGCGGACAGGAGCUACCGGAAACAGUGGAAAUGGCCAACAAACCGGAUUUAAUCCGCGACCUAGACCAGGUAGAGGACUUCGUCGACGCCCAGCUGUUCGAGACGGAUGUGGAGUUCGCCGUGGGCAUGCACAGCGACUACGACGCUGCGGACUGGGAGUACUUCGCCAACGAAUACCGCGGAGCGUGUCGCAUUCUGGUCCAUAUGAAUUGGACGUACGCCGUAGUCCACGCGACGGACGUGCACAGCGGAGCCGCCAACGAGCUGAUGGACGCGGUCAAAAAGCAGUUGAAUGGCAAGAGCAAAGAUUUUGUGGCUCUUGGAGAAGUGGAUUUAGAGGGAAUUGUGGAUCGUUUGGGGUGUGGCAUAGUGCACCUGAGGAAAGUGGAUAAAAUACUCAAGUUUUCCAAACGGUUAACCGGGAAAUUUCCCAACCCGGCUGUGAUUGCGUGUGAAGUGUCUUUCACGCACGAGACAAUUACGCACCUCUUCGUUGAAGCGGCGAACCUGCUGGGGCCGACUACGGAUUUUCAGUAUUGUAUUGUCGUGAAAGUCAACGAUGAACCACCGGAGAAGGACGCCUUCUGGGCGAACUUGUAUGUUUUUCAUCGGGUCUCCCAUCCCCGCACCAAGCCGCCCACCACCGACGAGGACAGCUGUCGUCCCGCGCAUAACAGCUUGCCGGUGGGCAGCGGUCAUACCGCCGAGUACGAAGUGAGUGGCGAAAAAGUGACCAAUCGGCAGGUGGAGACGAUGACGGCCGCCGAGAUCCUGCGUGUCUUCGACAUGCAUCUGGUGUUUCAUCACCGUGCCGACGAAAGGAACAUCAACGACCGCGUGCAGUUCGACCUGGAUAUCUUGUAUCCAGACGGAUCUUCCCGGCUAUUCACGGUCUUGUUGGAAGACGAUUAUUUCGACUACGUCUUGGAUGAAUGGCAGGAGUACUGGAAGAAACAGGCUGCGAAGAAAUCGCUUGCCAAACUAUACCCAUUUCGAAUAUGCCACAAAGAUAAAUGAUGGUUACGUGCCCUUUGUUAGCGAAAAAACUGCGCCAAACUUAGCCGAUCUCAUUCGAAAAUGUUUGGAUCCAGUUGCGGCGAACAGGAUACCAGUAAAAACUGUACUAUCAAAGCUACGAGGAAAACACGCUAUAAUAUUUUUUUCCUGUAAGUGGAGAGCUGACCGAACCUUCCUAAUAAUGUUCGACCCUGUUACUGACCGCAUAAGCUACGAGAAAAUGGUCUUCCCUCCAAGUAUCGACACCAGCCAGCUGACAGUUAUUGGGCGGCAUUUAGCGGAUACAGAAAUCGUGUUCACUGAGCAACUGCAUCUCCUCCAUAAGCCAGAUAAAACAUUCCACUUGUGGAAUAUAGGCAAAGGGACAUGGCGUGAACUACGACUGUUAGCACCCGUGCUGCUAACAUUACUUUACGUAACACUAUGAGUAUAUGCAAUAUACGAGUAAAGAGAUACGAAUACAUAGUAUGAAAUGAAAUGGACUUUAAUAAGA